GUGACCUUCGAGGGCCUCUGGUCACGACAGACUCACCCCAAGGACUUCCCGACCAACGAGUGGCUGACACACUUCUCAGACAUCAUCGGGGCGUCGCACUCCGCCGACUAUCGGGUCUGGGAGUACGGCGGGUACGCCUCCGACGGCCUCCGUCAGGUGGCGGAGUGGGGCUCCACCAGGAUGCUGGAGAGUGAGCUGAAACGUCAGAGCGACCACAUCCGGACGAUCAUCAAGGCGAGAGGUCUGUGGUACCCCAAUGUUAACGGCAAAACCUUCGCUGUCUUCAGAGUGGACAACAGACAUCACCUGAUGUCUUUGGUCUCCAUGUUGGGACCGACCCCGGACUGGAUCGUGGGCGUGUCGGCGCUGGAGCUCUGCUUGAGAAACUGCUCGUGGGUAGACCAGAAGACCCUGAACCUCUACCCGUGGGACGCCGGGACAGACUCUGGCAUCACGUACGAGUCGGCCAACGCCCCGACCAUCCCCAGAGAGAAGAUCCGUCGCAUCACCAACAGCUUCCCUAACGACCCCAAAUCUCCCUUCUACGACCCAACUGGUCUGCCCAUGAAGCCCCUGGCCAGGCUCUCUAUCACCAGACAGCGGGUCUACGAGAAGUCCUGCUCCGAGAAUGGAACUGCCAGAGGUGUUCGGCCACACUCCCGCUCACUCGCUAAGGGUUUGCUGACACCGGACGAACCCGAACUCAACUACUCCUACGACGAGGACUCCGACAGACCCGAGUGUCAAGUCAGCCAAUGGACGGAAUUCACAGCGUGUUCAGCAACCUGUGGAAAGGGGCUCCGAAAGAGGAACCGCAAUUACCUCAUGCCCCUCAAGGCACAGAUGAGCAUGUGCAAAAGGCAGUUAGAAGAGAAGGAGAUGUGUGCCGCUUCCGUACCCUUCUGCGAUGGCGGAAGUGAGACGAGCAUCUUCGGCGGAGCAAACUACUUCCCGGAGUUCGACGAGCGGGUAUGCGCGACCUCGGAGUGGUCGCCGUGGACCGAGUGCUCAGAGACCUGCGGCAAGGGUCACCGCAUGCGCAACAGGCGCUAUCUGGACCGCAUGGGCCGCAAGAAGUGCGACAAGGAGCUGGUGGAGAAGCAGAUGUGCGUCGCUGACACGCCAGUGUGUGAUGGUCUGCAGGAGGUGAUUCGGGCGGAAUGCGCCGUGACAGAGUGGACAGACUUUUCGCCGUGUUCCGUGACAUGUGGACAAGGAGUGAUGAUGAGGACACGGUCCUUCUUGGUGCCCGCUGCCGCCCAAGCUCACUGUUCCGUCUCCACCAUCGACAAGAAACCGUGUACGGGAGAGAGACACGACUGUUCCAUUGAUCCAUCUGAGGCUGAAGAGGUGUGUACGCAAGAGAAAGUGUUGGGGCCGUGCAGAGGGUAUUUCCCACGCUGGUACUUCGACACCCAGCGACAGAUGUGUAUGCAGUUCACCUACGGCGGGUGUAGGGGCAACAGGAACAACUUUGAGAAGUACGACGAGUGCACAAGGAUGUGCGAGUUCCAUAAACCAUCCACGAAUGACAGGGAGCAGCCUCUGGAGGUCCUUCCCCCUAACUCUCCCUCACAAAUAUCUCUUUAUGCCCCCAGAGGGGAGUUGGGCUUCAACCUGAAGGCAGGAAACCUGGUCACUAGGAUUGACUGCAUGAUGAACCCUUGGUCUGAAUGGGGCCCGUGCUCCGUCACCUGCGGGAAUGGUCGCAAGGAGAGGAGACGAACAAUAAAGAGGCAACCAGAGAAUGGAGGGAGGAGAUGCCCUAAGAAGCUGGUGAGGAGCAGGAGGUGCAGGAACCCACAGUGCAUUGGGUCUUGAGACCAUCUGUGCUCUAGAUGCAAGCAGAAGGUGCAUCAGUUUGGCAUCCUGUGUGUGUGUCUGUGUAUGGGUUCUUCGGCAGAAGACGAGCCAUUAUCUUCUCAUUCUGAAAGAGAUGCAGAAGACAAGCCUCAAGGUUCACGCCUGCACCACCUCGAUGAUAUUUUCUACCAAGCAAAUGUGACACUUUGUUGCUACAACUGUAAACACAGAGACGACAGAGGAGUUGGAACAUAGUUCGAUGUUUAGUUGUCUUGGGUAGAUGGAAAGUUUUGUUUUCAUAAAUCAUAAAAAUUUCUUUUCAUAAAGAAAUCAUAAAACAAAGUAGUAGUUUAUUUCUGACCACCAAACCUGGUGUAGAGGCCGUAACAGCUGCGACAAUGGCAGCAGGAGCAGAGAUGGUUUGUACAGGUGUUGGUUGGAAAGUCAGAUUUCCCAACAGAUGCAUGCAGCAUAUUAGUAUUUUUUUUUUUUAAAGUGUCUUCACUUAUAAUAAUUUGUAUUCAUAGGAAGUGAAGAGCAUGUUUGCAAUAUUGCAUUCCUGCAUGAGUGUUCCUAAGAAUUUUUUAAACAUGAAAAUAAACGUGUAAAAUAAAUUGGGUAUCAAUCGAUGUCUUUACAGGUAAAUUACAAAAGACAAAAUCAAAUAUUAUAUAUACAGUAUAUACAUAGUCUUCCUAAUUUACUUUUAAAGACAUUACUUGAUACCCAAUGUAUUUUUAUUGUAAAAUAACGAGAUGAGAAAGUCUGUUUGGAAAUAUUUGUGUAUCUAUUAAUAUAUUGUGACAUGUUAUUUAAACCAAAAUAUUACUUUUAAGAUAUAUAUAUAUAUACACACACACACACACACACACAUAUUAUGAAUGUAUGUGUAAUGUAAUAUAAUACCGUAUAUUAACCAUAUCGUGGAUAAUAUUUCAUUCACUUGGGCCAUCGCAGUCUUUUAAUCGCAGACCACACAAGUAGCAACCUGGAAGUUCUGCCUACUGAACCAACACUGCCCACAAUAAGGAAGGAUUUAAGACACUCAUCUGUUGUCCUACUGGUGGAACUUUUAAGUCCUCCCUGAGGUGCCACUUUUGGCAUGAAGGUGUUAGGAUAAAUGUCUAUAGAAUCCUUGCUUGUUGUAUAUGCUGAUGGCUUGGACGGUAGAGCUGCAGGUUGCUGCUUGUGUAAUCUGCAUUUCAAGGCUCCAUUUGUUCAAUUGAAUGAAAUGUUAUCCAUGAUAUAGUAGUUAGCAAUUACAUGCAUACAUAGGUAUUUAUAGUAUUACACAAAUAUGCUCAAUACAUGACACAAAUUCAUCAAAAUGUUUAUAAAGGCAUACAUACACACAUUCAUAAAUAAAUUCAAUGAAAGUCUAUUGCAUUAAAAUAUAAAAUAUAAAUUAUUGCCAAUCUCUCAUAAAAAUUGCAUACAAAUUUUUAGGAAAUUAGAUUCGAUUGAUUUUUAUCAAGUAUCCAUAUUAGUAUUACUGUCUGUGGGCUUGAAAUUGUCAUUGUAAAAGCUUUUUGUUUACCCAAAAAAGUUUUUUGGGUAUCUACUUCAAAUACCAUUGAUGUUGAAAACGUAUAGGUUUAGGAAAAAGUUCCUAAAAGUCUCAAUCUCUCUCAUUUUAGGGAAAUGAACACAAAGUAAAUAAUCACAAUUUUUUUUAAAAGGAAAUGUGAAAUUUUUAACCUGUCUGCAAAAUUUGGCUAAUUUCACUUUUAUCUUAAAUGAGUCACAGAUUUGGAUAAAUGUACAAAGGAAAAUAUACUCCCAUCUCUGUCUAUACACUUGGGAGUUGACUUUAGUUCUGGAGUGAGUCCAGGACAUGUGUAUGGGUACAUGAACAUGUAUAGGGUCUUGAAGAUGUGCCUACUUAAGCUGGUAUACUUUUUGUAAAAUGUGUCAUAAAUCCAGUUUUGUAGCGUCUCAUGUUUAGUAAUUUUUUGGUUUAAGUGACAAAUUUUUGCUUAUGAUUUUUAACUUUUAUUUUUCUGUAAAUGAUACUAGUUUGCUUUUGCUUGGCCUAAUGUGCUAUGUUAAUACUCACUUCGUUACAAUUGUUGGUAGUGUGUUUAGCAUUUGGUAGCCAAUUACCUAGAAAUAAAAGCUUUCUUAUGA